AAACAAACCCCCAAAAUUAAAUGAACCCCAAAACUCCGUCAGGAACGCUUUGUCAAGAGUUUCCUUAUGAACCAAAGCUGUACAUUGAACUUGUGAUGCGAACUACUGCAGCGUCGCAAGCUCGCUGCUGCCCCAUAAGGCGGGAACACGCCGCUCUGCCGCAGGUACCUGCCGUCUGCGAUCCUAGCAGCUGAAUGCACAGCUCGAUACCCCAGAGAGGGAGGAAGACAUUGCAACGACCCAGCCUACAGCGCCGCGGCAAAGCUGGAUCUGCCCGCGGGGCAAACUCCUCCGGCGGCAGGAGCUGUGAGGGCGCUGCUUAUCCCGGCCAGGGAUCAGGCAAGCCCUGUCGGCCCCGUGCUUUGGAAUACUCCCACCCCUCUGAGGCACGUCUGGGGCCAUAGUAACAGCCAAGCCAGCAACACCCUCUCGGCCUUCGAGCAAACCCUGCCGCGGCAGAGGCGGAACUUCCUGCCGCUGCGCCGGAGGAGGAGGGAUUGGCGCGGUGUGCGGCGGUAGAUUUUAAAAACAAAAGGAAGAUGUCUUUUUUCCCCAAAAUCUUUUUCCAACGUGAAGUUGAUGAGUAUCUCACCAAAGUGUUUAGAAACAACGAGCUUAUCACUGCUUUGGGUACACAGGAGGCAGAGAGUCAAUACCAAUCUCUCUUAAGUCAUCUGUCUCAUCCACCAGCUUUCUCAGCUGUUAGAGUUAAUACCCACUUGGCCUCAGUGAAACAUGUGAAAAAAUUGCUGUUUGAAGAGAUCCAGAAGCAAUUUAAAGGACUAUGUGUUCCAGUUCUUGAGCACCCGAAACUCCAGGACAUCUUAUUAAUUCCUGUAAUUGGACCCAGGCGAGAUUUAAAAAAACAUGCAUCUGAAGUCAUUGUUGGAGCCCAGUGUGGAUAUGCAGUGCUUCGAGGAGCACAUGUUUAUGUCCCUGGAAUCAUAUCUACCUCAAGAUUUCUGAAAGCUGGAGAUCUGGUCUCUGUGUAUUCAGAUAUUGAAGGGAAAUGUAAAAAAGGAGCCAAAGAAUUUGAAGGAGUCAAAGUUUUCCUUGGAAAUGGGAUUUCCGAACUGAGUCGCAGUGAAAUCUUUAGUUCAAAGGGCCCAUUAAAUGGGCUGGGCAUAAGAAUGGUAGAGCCAGUCUACCUUAGUCCUUCUUUUGACAAUGUGCUCCCUAGUCAAUUGUUUUUACAGAACUUGCCUUCUGUGGUUGUGAGCCAUAUUUUAAACCCUCAGCCAGGAGAGAGAAUUUUGGAUAUGUGUGCUGCACCUGGAGGAAAAACAACUCAUCUUGCAGCAUUAAUGCAUGAUCAGGGAGAAGUAAUAGCCAUUGACAAGAUAGCUAACAAGGUCAAAAAAAUUAAGCAGAAUGCUGAAUUGCUGCAGUUGAAUUGCAUUAAGGCUUUUUGCUAUGAUGGAACAAAGGCACUUUCAGUUGAGAAGAGAGAGGAUGAACAAGAAGGACCUCCAUUCUUACCAGAGUCAUUUGACAGAAUUCUCCUUGAUGCUCCAUGUAGUGGGAUGGGGCAGAGACCAAACAUGGCUUAUACAUCAACUUUAAAGGAAGUGACCUCUUACAAACCACUGCAGCGGAAGCUUUUCACGGUGGCAGUGAAAUUGCUGAAACCAGGAGGUGUUUUAGUAUAUAGUACAUGUACAAUUACACUCUCUGAAAAUGAGGAGCAAGUUGCUUGGGCCCUGAAAACUUUUCCAUGCCUCCAGCUUCAGCCACAGGAGCCUCACAUUGGAGGAGAAGGCAUGAGGGGAGCUGGACUGCCGCUUGAUCAGUUGAAGCUGCUGCAGAGAUUUGAUCCAUCUGCUGUGACAUUGCAGGGAAUGGAUAUUAAUUCUUUGCAAGAUUUCAGGGAAGAUGAUCUGAUUUCACUGGCAAAUAAGGACUGUAUAGGAUUUUUUAUUGCAAAGUUUAUUAAAUCAAACAGUAAAUAAGCAUUUAAGAAUGGCACCUGAAAAAAUACCUCUGUGCGUCUAUGGACAGUUGAGACAUGAAGUGUGUUUCUCACUGCUGCAACGUUGCCAAGCCAACGCGCUGACGGCAGGGUUGCUAUGGCAGCCAUAAAAUCUGCCAGCUGUUCUGCUGGGAAAGAGCCACAGGUUGCAGAAAGAAAAUCAUGUCUGGGGGAAGGGCAGCAUCAUUUUUAAGUCUGCAUUUGCUUUUGAAUUUACAGGAGGUCAGUGCAUGAAUGACAAGUAUGAUCACUCACACUGCUGUCUGCCCUGUGUGAGUAGCUUAUCUAGUGCAGCAAGUGUAGGAAGGGGUUUCUUUGGAGGGGAAGUGAGCUAAUUUAUGAAAUGCAAACGUAAAAAAAAAUAGAUGGGAACUAUUAUUGUGAAUCUUAGAAAAGGUUGUUUCUCUGGAGGUUUACCAGUAGGCAAUGUUUCAUUAAAUGAAGGUUUCUUCACGAAACACUAAUAUUUUACAAAGAACUGUUUUAUAAAUUGAUACUUAGAACCUCAUUUCUCUUUUAUUUUAAUACAAGCAAGAUUCUCUGUACACAUAGUAUAUACACAAAAUACGAUUAGGCUUUGUAGCAUGUCUUUUAUAGCAGCAUGAAUAUAUUAAACCAUCUCACUCUGGGAAUGUAAAUAAAUAUUGUUUCAACAUCAAACUUCCCAUGCAUUAACUGUAUUGGUUCUGAAAUAGCCUAUUGGACUGGCUGACAAGUGACAAUUUUAAAAUCAAACAUUUGCAACAGAAGGGGCUACAGUUGUGAUUAAUAUAUCAAAAGACAGAAAACAAUGCAUAAAACCAUCUGAAAUGUUGCAAAUCACCUUUCAAACAACUAAGAAUAUUGACUCUUCACUGGUUAGAAAGCAUCACCAGCUAAAAUCAUAGGAAAAUUGAAACUGGGGAAGCAUGCUAAUGACAACUGCCUUAAUACACUGCUCAAAGAUUUAGUAAUCUAAUUUUUUUAAAUUAGAUGUACUUGAAAAUUCUGUUUCAGUUCCAGUAUUCUCUUAGUACUGCUAGAACUGACAAUAGCACUGAAAUCAGAGAGAAAAAGUUAGUACAAUUCAAAAACAUAACCUGACAUCUGUGUGUGUUUAGUUUUUCCUCUUAAUCAUCGAUUUCCAGUUUUUAAAAGCAUUAUCUGGAAAAUGUCUGUUUUUUUCACACGAUUAUUUGGUUGGAUUAGAAAGAGUGAUACUUCUUUUAUUUGUCUUUAUACUGUCAGAAGUACUUUUGCAUUUGCUCACAAUCAAAACAAUUUUUACAAUUCUGUUUCUCAGUAGUUUGGUUGUUUACUUAUAUUUGCUGUAAAUGUUUGGAUACCAUAUGUUUUCUACUGUUCUUAAAUAAAUGUCCCUUCUGCCACA